CACAAGGAUCUGUACAAGGAGGCCAUGAUGGAGGAGCACCAGCCUCUUAUAUCACAGGAUGGAUCCAGGAGGAGAAAUCCACCAGAGAGAUGUCCCCGUCCUCUGUAUUCCCAGGACUGUCCCGAGGGGAAGGUCCCAGAGAACCCUCAGAUGACAAAUCAGGGGGAAGAUCUGACUGAUAUUAAAGUGGAGGAUGAAGAAGAGAGGAUGAUGGGUGAUCCCCCAUGUAAGAGUGAGGUGGAGGAGGAUAUUCCAGGAAAUGUCACCACAGAUAAUACCAGUAAGAAUUCUGAGGAAAAUGUCACGUUAUCACUACAUUAUAUUGUAGAAGAUGAAGAUAUCAUGCAGCGCUGUUCAGGAGAAAAACUCAAUGUACAUCCAGGACUUCACAGGAGAGAUCUAUCAUAUAAUCACCCUAAUCAUGAGGAACAUUCUCCUCACCAAUCACAGAAUGCUACCACAAGUACUGGUCAGAAAAGGGGUAAAAAGUGCAUAAAAAGCCCAGGUCUUAAUACACACAAAACAAUUCACACAGAGGAGAAGCCAUACUCUUGUUCAGAAUGUGGGAAGUGCUUCACAGACAAAUCAAAUCUUGUUCAGCAUGAGAGAAGUCAUGCAGUGGAAAAGCCAUAUUCAUGUUCCGAAUGUGGGAAAUGCUUUAGAAAGAAAUCACAUCUUGUUUCACAUCAGAGACUUCACACAGGAGAGAAGCCAUAUUCGUGUUCAGAAUGUGGGAAGCACUUUUCACAAAAAUCUAAUCUUGUUAAACAUCAGAGAUUUCACACAGGAGAUAAGCCAUAUUCAUGUUCAGAAUGUGGGAAGCACUUUCCACAUAAAUCUGAUCUUGUUAAACAUAUAAAAGUUCACACAGGAGAGAAGCCAUAUUCAUGUUCAGAAUGUAGGAAAUGUUUUACACAAAAAUCAAGUCUUGUUACGCAUGAGAGAAGUCACACAGGAGAGAAACAAUAUUCAUGUUCAGAAUGUGGGAAAUGCUUUAGAAAAAAAUCGCAUCUUGUUUCACAUCAGAGACUUCACACCGGAGAGAAGCCAUACUCCUGUUUAAAAUGUGGGAAGUGCUUUACAGAAAAAUCAAGUCUUGUUAUACAUGAAAGAAGUCACAGAGGAGAGAGACCAUAUUCAUGUUCAGAAUGUGGGAAAUGUUUUACAUACAAAUCAAAUUUUGUCACACACCAGAGAAUUCACACGGGAGAGAAGCCAUACUCCUGUUCAAAAUGUGGAAAGUGCUUUACAGAAAAAUCAACUGUUGUUAAACAUGAGAGAAGUCACACAGGAGAGAGACCAUAUUCUUGUUCGGAAUGUGAGAAAUGUUUUACAUAUAAAUCAAGUCUUGUCUCCCAUAAGAAAAUUCACACAGGAGAGAAGCCAUUUUCAUGUUCAGAAUGUGGGAAAUGUUUUACACGAAAAUCAAAUCUUGUUGUGCAUGAGAGAAUUCACACAGGACAGAAGCCAUAUUCAUGUUCAGAAUGUGGGAAAUGUUUUACACAAACAUCAGAUCUUGUUAAACAUGAGAGAGUUCACACAGGAGAGAAAGCAUAUUCAUGCUCAGAAUGUGGGAAGCACUUUUCAUUCAAAACAGAUCUUGUCAAACAUGUGAGAAUUCACACAGGAGAGAAGCCAUAUUCGUGUUUGGAAUGUGGGAAGUGCUUUUCACAGAAAUCAGAUCUUGUUAAACAUGCAAGAAGUCAUAUUCAUGUUGAGAAUGUGGGAAAUACUUUCGGCAUAAAUGAGAUUUUGUUAAAGAUAUGAAAAUUCACACAGGAGAGAAGCCGUUGUUUAGAAUGUAGGAAGUGUUUUUCAUUAAAUCAAGUCUUGAAACAUAUUUGAGAACUCACAUAGGAGAGAAGAUGUAUUUUUGUUCAGAAUGUAGGAAAAGCUUUAGGCUACUUUCACACUGGC